AUGACAGCUGCCGUUCAAGUUCCACCCAACGAUCUGCUGGAUCUGGAGGCCACACAUUCGAUGCUUCGCUUACCGGUAGAUGGCAACACCCCAGCAGGCGACGGCCUAUUAAUUGGAGGAGGAGCCAGCGAUCAAGUAUCAGAACCUGGCCUGUACGACAGCGACCCUUGCUUGUUGAAUGAUGACAGCAGCAGCUGUCACGACGUAGAUGACGACAACAAGCCAGAGCAAGACAAAGAGCUGCAAACGUACAGCCACGCCGACUUGCAGGCAUUGAAUCUGCUGGAUCAACCCGUCUGGAUCUUUGACAUUGUCCGAAGAGGCAUGUGGUGGGCCAACCACGCCGCUGUGGAACUAUGGAGUGCCCCUGAUCUCAAGACCCUGUUGGCACGGGACUUUGCCAGUGACAUGAGUGAAUCCACCGCAAACCGUCUCGACGACUACCUGCUCAAGUUCUCCUCCAAGGACGAAGUCGUCAAGGAUCGAUGGACCUUUUACCCCAACGGAGGCAAGUACGGUCCCAAGACGGUCGACUGUACCUUUCGAGGAAUCAUGAUUGAAGAAGGACGAUUGGCCAUGCUGUCACAGGGAGUCUUCGUCAAUGAUCAACAACGAACCGAAGCCGAACAGCAAGCACUGCGAGCUUCCGAGAUGCUGCGCCAUUUGCCCGUGGCGGUCUGUCUCACGGAUCUAGAGGGAAACGUCAUGGAGCAGAACCCGGAAGCGCUCAAGGUCUUUGGAUCCUUGGAUACUGGCAACAAUAAGGAAGACAACAACAAUACCACCAAGACUCGUGAUGAUGAGUACGACUCGGACUCGGAUGACGAUGAAGACGAGUUGGAAAAGGCCGAUGAAUCCACCUUUGUCAAGCGAUUCGUAGACAAGGAUCUGGGACGUCGUAUCCUCAACGAAGCCGCCAAGACUGGUGAUGACAAUGGCAAGAACGUCAUUCGACUCGAGGCUUUGCAGCACACGGUGCAUGGACCCCGCUGGUCCGCCAUUCAAGUCCGUCAAACCAAAGAUCCCGUCACUUCCAAGCCCAUUCUACUCUACUCCGCAAGAGACAUUACCGCCGUCGUCGAAGCCAAGAGACAAGCCACGGCAGCCGAUCUGGCCAAGAUGGAUCUAUUGACAGACAUGGCACAUGCCGUCCGAACGCCAUUGCAACAUGUUGUGGGAGUUGUGGAACUCAUUAGUCGACAAGGACAGAGCAAAUGCCAGGCACAACAGCAAGAAGAAACACGAUUUGGCAAUCUGCUACAGUCUGCCGCUCAACUCCUCAUGAAUGUCAUUAAUGAUCUCAUGGUCAAUGUUGGCGGUGGGUCGUCAUUACUGUUGCCAGGUGCCAGCCCGUCCGACCAAAACAAGAAUGUUAUGGUCAACAAACCGGCGAACCGCAUCCUGCUCGAACAUACACAAAUUGAUGUGCGAAAAGUAGUGGAGAAUGCCAUUGGCACCAUUACACCACAAGCCGAUGUCAAGAACUUGACAUUCAACGUACAAAUGACACGCAAUAACAUGUCUUCAUUGAUGGGCGAUGCCAAACGGUUGGGUCAGGUUCUCUUUGAGAUGCUUCACAAUGCCGUCAAGUACACUAGCACGGGCGGAAUCACCGUCAAGGUCCGGCGGCACACCAAAAAGUCACGAUCUCGAAGAGUCCUUCUCCGUUUUGAAGUGACUGAUACUGGCGUCGGCCUCAACCUGGAACAGCAAAAGCAGUGCCUUCAGGUACCCGAGUCGUCAGCCAACAACAGCGCCCAAGAAAAGGGUGUUGGGCUGGUGCUCUGCAAGUCACUGGUGGAGGCCAUGGGUGGCACCAUUGGGGUAGACUCGAAACCGGGUCGUGGGUCGACCUUCUGGUUCGAGAUCCCGUUCCUUCGUGCUGCCUCUCAAGCUCCUGUGGGUACCAAGAUGCUUCCUCCCAAGCAAUCCAAAAAGUGCAAAAGAGCGAGCGAUCGCAGUGUUGGAAGCAUAGGUUCCUUGUCGUUGGAUCCUGUCCCGGACGAGGGUGGCCUCCAGAUCUUGCUGGUAGAUGAAAACAAUGCCGGGAGGAAUGUGAUGACAGCCCUAUUGGAACAGUCGGGUCACAGAGUGACAACGGCGGACACUGGGGAUGAUAUGGUAUCUGCAGUCUCACAAGGCUCAUUUGAUGUGGUGCUGCUAGAAGCGCAGCUGGGCAGUGAUGGAGGCACCACUGCGUUGGAUGCCGUACAGCAGAUCCGAAAAGCAGGCCACUCGGUCGAGAACCUGCCCAUACUGGCAUUGACCGCCGCUGUCCCAAGGGCUGACUAUCCCGAACUCGGCCUUAACGACUGGCUCACCAAACCAAUACUGAUGAAGGAUAUCAAGACGGCCAUGACAAAUGCAAUCUGUAACGUCGGCGCAAGUUCGGCAUCAUCUGCGUCCUCAUCACGUAUUCGCCAGCACUCGGCCACGAAACCAAAGACGGACAGGCCGCCAAGGAUGCUGCGAAGGUCUGUGGCACCAUGA